UUUGCUUCACAAUCAGAUCAACAAAACAAAAACAUUGUAUCUGUUUGAUUGCUUGAAAUUUGUUGUGUUUUCUAUCAAAGUUAAAUUGCAGUUGUGCUUCAAGAUUCAAGCCAAGUUUAGGUUGAUUAAAUUUUUGUCACUCAGAAAGUACCUAGUAAUUUGUCAGUAUUGAUUAUACAUUGAAUCAUGGCUUUAACUGAUAAUCAAAAUGAAGAUAUUGAACAGAACAAAGUGAUGAUUAAGGAGGUGGCACAGAAAGAGAGAAAAUGUAGAUCACCGAUUGAUUUAGCAACAAGUGUAAUGAAGCCUUUGUAUUUAGAUAGACUGGAAUGGAUAAAUUUAGACAACGCACCGAGAGCAAUGAAGGUAACUAAUUCAAAUGACACAGUGGUUAUCAGUGCAAAAUGGGUGACAGAUGUGCCAUAUCUUGUGAAUGGACCUCUAGAUGGAAGUUAUAAAUUCUCACAGGCUCACUUCCAUUGGGGUUCUCACGAGGGUGAGGGGAGCGAGCACACCAUUGAUGGAAUGUCCUACCCGAUGGAGAUGCAUCUGGUGUUCUUCAAGUCACAGUAUCUCACACAAGAGACCGCCCUCCAAAAAGACGAUGGAAUCGUUAUUAUUGCGUACCUGGUCAGGUUGGAAGAGGAAUCAACGCUCAGCCUACAGUGGUUGUCAGCCCAUCUGGACAGGAUAUUAGAACCACAAACUUCAACAAUGUUGCCACCCUUCCCACUGUCCAGUCUGGUGGUGCCGGUCACACGGGACUACGCUCUCUACUGGGGCUCUCUAGAUCUUGGAGUCUGCACCCACACGAUCCAGUGGCUUGUAUCUAGGAUUGCUCUCGCUAUCAGCGUAGAAGAUCUCAUGAAAUUUAGAAGAACGCUUAAUUUGAAAAGGGAACCAAUAGUGCAAAAUUUUCAAAGGUCCUGUCCAUCGACUGGUAGAACUGUUUUCCACGUGAAUCCCCUUGUAGAAGCUGACCACUUUCUACUUCCAAGAUCUCUUCUUUUACCUAUUCAAGCUCAGGGAUUGAAUGAAAUCUUCAAGUCAAGUGAUUAUCCUGCAGAUCUAAACCAUGGAACAGGUGAAGAAGAAAAGAUAGUAAGAGGAAGAGAGUUAUUGGAUUCAAGAUAUUUGAUUGACGAUUCUAUCGACAGUGUUUUAACCUGUUCCUUAAUGAAGACUGUAAGAGAUUUCUCUGAUGAAUGGAAUACAUCAAUUGAGUCUUGCUCAUUUAAAUCAAGUGAUUCCAACUCUCCGACGCAUCCUCAAAUAAGGAAUGGGGAUAAAGAACCAAUUCGCUUGAGGAAACAGAACCACAGUAGAGGUGUUAGAACAAAGAAGUUAACGAAUGAGAAAGAACGAAGACAAGAGUUAGAGAAGAACAGAUUAAAGAUGUUGAGGAACGAGGAGUCUUCAGGACAAAAGGUGCAUAAAUUAGGGAUUAAAAGUAUUGGACUAAUUAAUAAGAGUAUGCUCACAGCUAAAACAGGUAAAACUUGCAUAAUCCAGAAAUCACUUAAAAGUGAAAGUGGUGUACAAAAAAAUAUAGUUGAUACAGGUACAGAAGUUAAAACUAAGAAUAGAAACAUGGAAAAUGAAAAUACAAGUACAGAAACAUUUAAAGAAAAUGAUGUAGUACAUGCAUUAAAUGUAACAAAGGCUUGUACUCAACUGUUGCCAGAAAAAUAUGGUAAUACAGUUUGUCAGCCAAAUGUAAGUGAGAAUGGAUAUGGUAAAAAAGAUUUAAAUGAUAGUAAAAAAUGCAAUGAAGAGAAAGAAAAGCCUGUAGCAAAAUCAAAACUACCGAGGCCAGUUCAACGCAACAAACAAGUUAUACAAUCUUCUUUGGUGCAGUAUUUUACAAAAUAUCCAAAUGAAAAUAAAUCUCAGCUGAAAAAUGUAAACACGCCAGGAACAGAGAAAAAUGUGCAAACUUCAAAUUUGUUCCCUAACUCCAAUCAAGAACAAGUAAAACAACCUAAGCGGAAAUUUGGUCUAAGAUCACAGGUUGUAUCUCCUAAAAUUAGUAAUAAAAACACAGACUCAUGUAAAGUGAAAAACUGAAAGUGGCUAAACUAUCAGUUUAUUUGUAAUUGUAAUAAAUUCAAAUUAUAUCAGAAAAACCAAUUUGUUGCAAACUGUCUUUUAGAAUCCCUAAAUUUGGAACACUUACAAGAUUUUAGGAAUAAAAUUGAUUUCAAGAAUUUA